AUGACUUCUUCAAAAAUUCAAAAGGAUAUUGUGAGUGCUUGUGCUCAAGAAACCGUGAAAGCUAUAAUUGAUGACUUGGAUAGAGAUUUUCUUGAGAUUUUAGUUGAUGAAUCCAAAGACAUAUCACACCAUGAACAAAUGGCCGUUGCAUUGAGGUAUGUUAACAAAAAAGGUAAAGUAAAUGAGCGAGUUAUUGCUAUUGUUCAUGUAGGUGAUACAUCGGCAAAAACUUUGAAGGAAACAAUAUGCUCUUUUCUUAUGAGACACUCUUUAAGUACAUCUAAAAUACGAGGACAAAGCUAUGAUGGGGCUAGUAACAUGCAGGGAGAAAUGAAUGGUCUUAAAGCUUUGAUUUUGCAGGAAACUCCAUCAGCAUAUUGCAUUCAUUCACUACAAAAAAACUGGUCAAAUUGUGGGGGUUAA